UGUUAAUACUUAUAUUUAGGAGCUCCUCCUUUGUGUUCUCCUCCUUUCUCUCUCACUCUAAAGCAGCCUCCUUUGAGUCUCUCAUCUCCUUCCUUGAGCUCUCACCCUUUCAGACUUCAAAUCCAAAUUAUGGGAGACAAGGAUAAGCCCAAGUCUGGUGUCUGGCCAACUGUUAAGCCCUUCGUCAAUGGCGGAGCCUCUGGUAUGCUCGCUACCUGCGUCAUCCAACCCAUCGAUAUGAUCAAGGUGAGAAUUCAAUUGGGUCAGGGAUCAGCUGGACAAGUUGCCAGGACCAUGAUCAAGGAGGAGGGUUUUGGUUCAUUGUAUAAGGGUCUUUCUGCCGGACUUCUGAGACAAGCUACAUACACCACAGCUCGUCUUGGAUCAUUCAGGAUUCUGACGAACAAAGCAAUUGAGGCUAAUGAUGGGAAGCCCUUGCCCCUGUACCAGAAAGCCUUGUGUGGGCUAACUGCUGGUGCUAUUGGAGCAACUGUUGGAAGUCCAGCAGAUUUAGCUCUCAUUCGUAUGCAGGCAGAUGCCACUUUACCCCUUGCUCAGCGCCGUAACUAUACAAAUGCUUUCCAUGCACUUGGUCGUAUUGUUACAGAUGAAGGGGUUUUGUCACUUUGGAAGGGGGCAGGACCCACUGUUGUAAGAGCAAUGGCAUUGAACAUGGGAAUGCUUGCCUCUUAUGACCAAGGUGUUGAGUUUUUCAAGGAUACCCUUGGUUGUGGUGAAGCUACUACAGUAUUGGGUGCAAGUUCUGUUUCAGGAUUUUUUGCUGCAGCCUGCAGUUUGCCCUUUGAUUACGUGAAAACACAGAUUCAGAAAAUGCAACCUGAUGCUGAGGGGAAGUUUCCAUACACUGGGUCUUUUGAUUGUGCCAUGAAAACCUUGAAAGCAGGAGGACCAUUGAAAUUUUACACUGGGUUUCCAGUAUAUUGUGUUAGAAUUGCCCCCCAUGUCAUGAUGACAUGGAUCUUCCUCAAUCAGCUCCAGAAGUUGGAAAAGAAAGUUGGGUUGUAGUUUUCUUGCUGGAUGAAUGCUAUUUCAACCAGUGUUGAGUUCAAAUUGCAAACAAUAAUUUUUAGCUAUGUUGUAGUCCCCUUGUUGGCCGUUUCACGCCCACAAAGUCAAACAAUUAUUGGAAUUUUUAUAGCAGGAUUGGAGUAGGAUUUACUGAAGUUCAAAUAUUUGUACUAGUAAUUCUUAGGGCGUGUGUGGAAUAGGAUAUUACACCCCUGCUGAUUCUGAAGUUGAGAAAAUCUCAUUAGGCGCCUGAGCAAGGAAAUGUUGAAGUGAAAUAAGUUUUGUACACCAUAAACAGGGGUUUGACAUUUUGAGCAUCAAGUUUUGCAGUGUUUUCAAUGUUGCAAAUCGUUGAGUUCUCUGCAUAAUGUGUUAUUUUUUGGCUUGAAAUUCACUCUGAUUUCAUUGCAGCUAUAGUUGAAUUCUCCAUAAUUGUGGAUCUCCACUCCAAUAAUAUAUAUUUUUUUGAAAC